UUCCAUCGACCAAAAAUGGCCAGCUUCGCCACCUUCUACACCACCUGGAACGACCAACUCCACCACCUUCUGCGGCAGCUAUGCUCAGCCCCUAAACCACCCACCACCCAAGACCACCUUCACCACUUGAGCCAUCUUGUCGACAAAGUUCUCUCCCACUACUCUGAGUACUACAGAGUCAAAGCUGCUGUUGUCGAACGUGAUGUCUUGGAAGUUUUCGCUGCUCCUUGGGCUUCUUCCUUAGAGAAAAGCCUCCAUUGGAUUGCUGGGUGGAGACCAACCACGGUUUUCCAUUUGGUUUAUACUGAGUCUAGUAUUUUGUUUGAAUCCCACAUCGUUGAUAUUCUUCGUGGGAUGCGAACUGGUGAUCUUGGCGACCUCUCCCCCAGCCAGUUCAGGAGAGUGAGUGAGUUACAAUGCGAGACGGUGAAGGAAGAAAAUGCUAUAACUGAUGAAUUAUCUGAGUGGCAGCAUAGCAUAGGAGAUCUUAUGGGCACAUUCACUGAGGUUGAUCAAAUGAUCGGACGGUUGGCAAGCGUUGUUCAGAAGGCAGAUGAUCUACGAUUGAGAACCCUCAAGAAAGUGGUUAACUUAUUGACCCCACAACAAGCUGUAGAGUUCUUGAUUGCUGCCGCCGAGUUGCAGUUUGGCAUUAGAGAGUGGGGGAUGAAUCAGGACGGUCAACGUACUUUUUGAUGUAUUGGUUGAUUAAGAUCGAAUGGUGAUUAGAGUGUGAUAAGAGGA